CCGUGCCGGCACUGCCUCUGACCUUCCCUUCCCUUCUCUUCCCGUCCCUUCCCCGGCGCUGUCAGAGCGCAUCAGCGGGCGCGGCGCUGCGAUGGAGCGGCGAGCGGCAACGGCAGCCGCCGGGAGAGGAGGAAGAGGAGGAGGAGGAGGAAGGGAGAGAUUAGCGCGGUGCCGGCUGGCGCAGAGGCGCGGCUGAGCGCUCCAGCGGGAGCCCGGGGCCCUGCGGACCGUGCGAGAGGCACAGGCGGAAGGAGCGGAGAUGCGGCCGCUCUCCCCGCGCUGCUGAAGCUCCCGGUCACUCGGCCGGAGGAGGGAGGCCGGGAAGGUCCGUCCUUCUCGCCGCUCUGCGGGCGCAAAGGGUGCCUGUGCAGUCCCCUCCUCUCGCUUUUAUCCCAGCCCCGGAGCAGGAGCCGCCGCCGCCGCCGCCGCCCCCUAUCCCUUCCUGCGCUCUUCCCACCAUGAGCGGGGCUGUUUUCACCUUAUAAAGAUGGCGGUGUGGGAUCGCUGCAACCUUUAGACUAAUGACUGUCAGAAACAUCGCCUCCAUCUGUAAUAUGGGCACCAAUGCCUCUGCUCUGGAAAAAGACAUUGGUCCAGAGCAGUUUCCAAUCAAUGAACACUACUUUGGAUUGGUCAAUUUUGGGAACACCUGCUACUGUAACUCCGUGCUGCAGGCAUUGUACUUUUGCCGGCCAUUUCGGGAAAAUGUAUUAUCAUACAAGGCCCAACAGAAAAAGAAGGAAAACCUCUUGACUUGCCUGGCAGAUCUUUUCCACAGUAUUGCUACUCAGAAGAAAAAAGUUGGGGUUAUUCCACCAAAGAAGUUCAUAUCAAGGUUACGAAAGGAGAAUGAUCUCUUUGACAACUACAUGCAGCAGGAUGCACAUGAGUUUUUAAAUUACCUGCUCAACACCAUUGCAGACAUUUUGCAGGAGGAGAAGAAACAGGAAAAGCAAAAUGGGAAACUGAAAAAUGGCAACAUGAAUGAAGCUGAAGAGAACAAUAAACAAGAACUGACCUGGGUGCAUGAGAUUUUUCAGGGAACACUGACUAACGAAACUAGAUGUUUGAACUGUGAAACCGUUAGUAGCAAAGAUGAAGAUUUUCUUGACCUUUCUGUUGAUGUGGAGCAGAACACAUCGAUUACACACUGUCUAAGAGACUUCAGUAACACAGAGACACUAUGUAGUGAACAGAAAUACUACUGUGAAACUUGCUGCAGUAAACAAGAGGCACAGAAGAGGAUGAGAGUAAAAAAACUGCCAAUGAUUCUUGCCUUACACCUCAAGAGAUUCAAGUACAUGGAGCAGCUGCACAGGUACACGAAGCUGUCCUACCGGGUCGUGUUUCCCCUGGAGCUGCGGCUCUUCAACACCUCCGGCGACGCCGUCAACCUGGAUCGCAUGUAUGACUUGGUGGCUGUGGUCGUUCACUGUGGAAGUGGACCUAAUCGAGGGCAUUACAUUACUAUUGUGAAAAGUCAUGGAUUUUGGCUCUUGUUUGAUGAUGACAUUGUAGAGAAAAUAGAUGCUCAAGCUAUUGAAGAAUUCUACGGUCUGACCUCUGAUAUAUCAAAAAAUUCAGAGUCUGGCUAUAUUUUAUUCUACCAGUCAAGAGAGUGACUUGGCAAACCGUGGUGACUGCGCACAAGGAUGCUGCACACAGAGGAAGGCACCAGCUCCCCUGAAGUGACUUUUACACAGCCCACAUCUCGGAUGGUUGAACAACAAUACACUGUCUCCUGUUCCAUGGUUUAUGUAAUGCUGACUGCAAC